UUUUGACCAUAAACAAAAACAACUUCGAGCGGUUUGGACGCGUAGCGGACGUUAUUCGCGUCGCUGUGUUGUUUCAUUUCAAACAAAUGGCCGCCGACGCGUGUGCACAGUUAAAGAAAAAGUGUUAAAUGUUUUGUUAUAAGUGUAAUUGUCGUCGUUGAUUAAUCGAAUUGUGAAAACCACUGGUCGCGUUUAGUUUUUAUUACUUGAAAUAGUUUUGCCAUGAAACAGCGGUAAAUACAAAGCUGUUUGCAUACAUGUGCAUGGUUAUAGUGUCUGUAUUAGUGUCCGACAAAGUGCAUGUGCACGGAAAUCAAAGUGCCGCAAACACCAAACAAGUAAAACAGAUGAAAUAAUAUUUCUGAAUGUCUGCGUGUGAAUUGCGAGCACAAAGAGCAGCUAAAUGUGCUAAAAUUAAAGUUUAAAACAAGCAACUAGCAGGUAUCGACACACACACACACACGUCCGUAGAAACACACUCAUGCACACAUUUAUAUGCUGAGAGAAGAAAAAACCCGACGGCGAAUGCAGUGCGUGCAAUUGUGUGUGUGUGAGGGCGACAAAUUCGCCCUGUAUGUGAGAGAGUAAAAGAAAAGAAGAAGCACGUAUGCGUUUUGUGUUUGCUUUUGCAUUUGAUUUUGCGCUUUACAUGUGCUGAGUGCUGUGGGGUUCAAAUUCCAAUUGGAAUUUGCAAGUUGCGCAUGCGUUGCCGCAUUGAAAAAAAUCUGGUAUUGUGUAUUUAUUGUGAGUGUAUGUGUUUGUAAACUAAAUCAUUCAACAAACUCAACGAAGCAGCUGGCUUAACAUCAACACGAACAGCAACAAAGCAGAAAGUGAAUUGAAAGGCAACCGACAACAUUUGCUUUGGAGUGGAGCCAACAACAGCAACAACAACAUCGAUUGCAGCAACAACCACAUUUUGGUCACUUUUCACACUUUUGGAGUUAAUUGAAAUUCACGAUUAAAUUGUGAUUUUUUCUUUUUAUCAAGAAAAUAACGAAAAGAGUUUUGCAUGAAAAGCAAACGAACGGAAAAACGAAUUAAAAAUCCCGCCAGGAACUGGAACUGAGUCGAAAACAGAUAAAGCUACGUAAAGGUCGGAGCAGCACAGCGGAACGGAACGCAUGGCAUGAAACGAAUGGAACGCCCAGCGAUGGCAGACAUGCAAAUUUAUGCAUUUUGAAGUCCAGCUACAAAAGCAGCAGCAACAGCAACAACACUAACAACAACGAAACACGAUUCAAAGCAGAUUUUAAGCAAAUUAAUUAAAUUAACAAACACAUGGAAAUCGGAACCAAAAACAAUUAGCGCCACACUAUGGAAGCUGCCACAGCAACGCGAAAUCGAGCAGACGAGAUGGAUGAGGUGGAGAUUGAAGCAGAGGCGGUGACGGUGGCGGUGGCAAUGGACACGGGCGUGGCCACAGAGGAGACGUCAUUUAGCAACCAAGAGACUGAUAAAGCGGCCAUCACAAUGAAGUGCAGCAACGGAAGCACUGACAUAACUAACACAACAACAACAACAACAACAGCAACAGAGACGAUAGAAACGGCAACAGCAACCAUAUUGAGAUUGGAGGAUGUGGUUGCAUUUGUCAUGCCAGCAGUGGGCGCCACCAAUCCACGCACCACCAAAUCCGCAACGAAAUCAGCGAGCAGCAGCCGCAGCAGCUCGCUAAGAAAACAAAAGCAAAAGCUCAACAUGCUGGAUGUGAUUGGUUGUGGUGCAGGUGGUGGUGGUGCGGGUGGUGCAGGCGCAGGUGUGAUCGGCGGUGCCGCCGGCAACGAUAUGAAAAUAUCACAAUCGAUGACCUCGCUGCCAGCGGACGAGCUGCAGCAGGAGCGACGUGAUGUCAUCCAAGCCAAGCUGCAUCUGGAGCGGCCCUACAACAGCCUCAAGAAAAACUCACAGAGCAGCAGUAGCAAGUGCUCCGGCGGCAACAAUAGCAACAAAAUGCACCGUUAUUCGUGGGGCAGCGGCCACAGCCACAGCAGCUCGACCAGUCUGCACAGCAGCGCCACCUUGGGACUCGGCUCGUCGGGCAAAGACGACCUCUGGGCGGCCAUACAAACGAACUAUAACUAUAUUAUGGACACAAACCUGCUCGAUACGUGCAAAGAGGCACGGUUUGAGAUUGAGGAGGCGCAGCCAAUGUCACGCGAGUCUAAAUUUACGGGCAGUCAGUUGCAUAUUUUGGAUGAAACACAGCGGCCGGAGGGCUUGUGCGAGGAUCCCAAGGAAUUGCGUCGCUGGCUACGCGACAUGGAGAAUAAAUUGGAAAAUGCGCCAACCAUAUCGGAAUUGACGCUGUAUUGUAAUUCGGAGCUGCAGCGCCAUCUAGCAGUACACUCGGUGUUGUACCAUGAAAUCGUAUCACACGCUCGAGUUGUAAGCGCUUGCAUACGUGCCGCCUCCGAAAGGGAACGGGAACAAUCCCAGUUGCAGUCGCAGUCGCAGUCGCAGCAGCCUGCUUCCUUAACCAGCAACUGCUCCAGCGAAUCGACCAGCGACUCGGCCACCAAAUCGCACAGUCUCAGCAGCGGCUUCGCCUCUGAUGCAGCCCCAUUGACCACGCCCAGCGUUGGAGUUGCGACUGGCUCUGGACUUGUCGCAGCUGGCGGCAGCAGCAACAGCAACAGCAACAGCAGCAACAACAACACAGCCCAUCCAAGAAAGGGUGAAGGCAAUUUGGAACGAUUGCGCGAUCGCUAUCACCUGAUCUACUUGAAGGCCUUCGAGCUACAGCUGUGCCUGGAUAAUUUACUGCGCAAACGCAGCUCGACCGCGAACGGCUUGGAUGACGACGACGACACCGAAGACGAUUCGUUCGGCUACGAGGGCGAAGACGGCGACGCAGCCACCGAGGACGAUCUGAACGAGGCCGUUUCCGAUUUGGAUUUGGAGUGCGAGAGUGCGCCCAGCCAUAACUCGACGGAGCUCUUGCAGCGCUGUCAGCUAACUGCCACAGAGAUCGUCGUUGCCAGCGUCCAAGCUGAGGAUCAGUCACGCGAUUGUAUCGCAACCCAAAAGCCUGGUGACGAGGCGGACGAGGAAGACGACGACGACGCCGACGUUGUUGACUUUGUGAUUGCCAAGCGAGCCUGGCGACCGGGCAAAGGUAACCACCACCACAACCACCUCAACCACAGCGGCAACUCGGCAGCUGGAGCGGCUACGCUCACCGACUUUGAGGCCGACUCCGAGAGCAGCGAUCUGGAGCAAGUGCAGCAGCUGAGGCGAGGCGGAGGCGCCUGUUGUAGUGGUAUCUCCUUCAAUCAGCGCCUGGCUCAGCUGACGGCGGGUCAUCUAAAUAUGUCGCACGCCAUCAACAGCAUCAACAGCAGCAGCAGCAUCAACUGCAACGGCAACGCCAGCGCCAACGGCAACACCAACGGCGGCGGCAGCGGCAGCGGCAGCAGCUCGACGCCAAAUUUAUCAAAUUUGUCGCUGCUGCAGACGCGACACGGCAACAAGAUGUUGCCGCCCCAAUGCCACAGCAGCCACAACGGCAAGGCGAAGAGCAUUGCCGUCGCGGUGAUUACGCCGAACACACACCACAGCAAUGGGCAUGGCCAUAAUGGCCACGGCCACGGUCACGGCCACGGCCACAGCCACAGCCAUAGCCACGACCUGAACAAGUCGCCGACGGUGCUGAGAAAGUCGCAGAUGCAUCGCAGUCAUAAUGACACCUCCAAGUUCAAUCGAUCCAAUCGCAAGUCCAAGAACUGCGCCAUUUUCUACUUCAAGCACUUGGACACGGACAAUGAGACGAGCGGCGCCGGCACCGACCCGGCUGGAGAGGACCAUGAGCUGGAACGUGCCAGCGAAAUACUGAAAUCGGCUGAUGCCUCAUCGGAUGACGACGACGAGGGUUGGCUCUACACGGCAGCAACGGGCGCAGCGGCAACUGUUACGGCUGCAGCAGCAACAUCCACCGUCGAUGGUCUGCAGUCGGCUGCCAUCUCAUCGACAACGUCUGGCGCCGUUGCUGGAGUCAGCGACGACUCUGAUAAGGAGAACAAGGAGUUGCUGUUGACCACGUCGGCAACAGCAACAGCAACAGCAGCAGCCGCAGCAACAACAACAGCAGCAUCAAUAAUCGCAACUGUUGUUGCUGUCGGCGGCAGCAGCAGCAACUACGACAGCAGCAGCGCCUGCUCCUCGUCCAAUUCGAACGGUGUCCAUACGGAGACCUCGGCCACCUCACGGGUUACCCAAAUGCAGCGCAGCGUUGUCGACAUGGACAUUCAGUUUCAAAUCAAUGGCAGCGCCAGCGAUGGCAGCAACAGCAACAGCAACAUGAGACACAUCAUUAGCAACAAUUGCUACAAACAAAUGCAGUGCGACAGCGACAACAACAACACCCCUCAGCAGCAGCAGCAGCAACUGAAUGCCAACAACAAUAAUCACAAACAACAACAACAACAACAACAGUUGCGCUUUGACUCUAAGCAACUGCAACAGCAACUGAAGCUGAAUCUGGAGAACGCUGCCGAGGCAACUGUUGCUGAUAACACAAAUGGAAAUGCAGCACUGCUGCUAUGCCACAACAACAACAACAACAAUAACAGCAGUUUCUACAGUCGCGCAGAUAUUUGCAACAUCAGCGUUUGGCCCAGCGACAUGACCAAUGGCAACUCGAGUCCAACUGCCCAGCAGAACGGAGGCAGUCGACUGCCGCCUCGAUCGCCUGCCAAGUCCGCCAAGUCGGCCAAAUCCGGCAAAUCGCUGGCGAGCAGCAGCAAUGCGACUAUGUCGCCAACGAAGGGCAAGGUCUCGCAUGAUUCAAUCAAGCAGCUUGUGCUCGAAGCGGAGCAUUUGGUGCGCGACGCUCAGGAGUCAUCGUUGAAGACGCCAACGAAGCAGAAACAUUCCAUCAUCAAAAUCUCGUCGACGGUCAAGAAACGCGAACUCCAAAUGCCGGGACCCAUCAAGCAGCGCGUCGAGGAAUGGCUGGAGCAUCAGCCCUCCACGCCCCAGCUGCUGAAUCGCAAUCAUCUGGAGUUGCCCAUCAAGCCGGACGACUGCGAGGCUUCGGGUGAGGCGAGCGAAACGGACUCCAUGCCCCAGACGAAUCUUGUUUGUGGGGCCAACUCGGACUCCUCGGAGGGCUUCACCGACUCCAUUGCCACUUGCAUGCAGACGAGCACCAACUCGUACGGCAAUUCGACGGAGCGCAUUGGCGGCUCGGCCGAGCCCAUCCACCAGCCGGCCACGCCGCUUGGCUUCGGCAGCAGCAACCAGAGCUUGAAUGUGAAGAUCGUGAAGCGCACGCAGACGCGUCGCAAGUCGGAGCGUCCAUGGAGCGUCUCCUGCCUGUCGCAGUUGACCACCGAUGCCGCCCAGCUGACCACAGCCAUCACGGCCGUCGGCCAGAGCUCGCCUGGCACGGGGCUGGCCAGUCACUCGAUUAGCGAGAGCGCUCUGGACUCGCUGUCGCCAGGUCCGCGUGCUCGCACUGCCUCCUCCUCGGGCACGGGCAGCAAUGCGGCCAGGAAGGCCGACAGCAAGGGCUCACUGCGUCGCCGCAGGGCACGCAAGAAGCGCAUGUCCGCCGCCUCGGCGGGCAAGAAGUCCGACUCGGGCUCGGAGGCACCCGGAGAUCUGACCCAAACGCUGAUGAAGUCGUGCGAGUCGAUGUCCUCGCAGCAGCUGCAGGAGUUCACAAAUGCUUUGCUCAGCAUACAGAAGGUCAGUCCCACCAAGGACGAGCCCGCGCCCGAGGCCGACUCGGAGUCGCAGCUGAUGGUGCCCAAAUUCCGCGUCGGCUCCUUCACCACAGCCGCCCUAAGGGCCAGCGAGAUUCGCCUGGGCGCACUCGCCGCCCUCUCCAACUACAUGCACGAGGAUGAGCAGCAAGCAGAGCUGAGCACUGAGGAGCAUCACAGCAGCAUCUCGGAGACUGCUUGGGACAACUACCAAGAGAAAUACAACUCAGAGAACUACUCGGAGGGCUUGGACUCGGAUGCAGCGCGUCGUCUGUUGGAAUUCGGGGACGACUAUCGCAAUUUCAUCGACUCGCAGUCGGACUGCUGCAGUUCGCUGUCGGCUGCCAACAACUUGGACUCGUUUUCGCCGCCGCGCAUGGACUCGCUGCAGCAGCACGAGCUGAAGGCGCUGCACAUCAACCAGGAGACAAUCAGCAGCAGCGUCGACCACGCGCGUCGCCAGCGCGCCCUCGAGCUGCAGUACGAGCGACGUCGCAAGACGCUCGAAGUGCGACGCAAGUCCUGUCAAGACAUGGCCGAUGCAAUCAGCUCCCAGCAGGAGCAGCUGCAGCAGCAACGGGAGCAGCACCAGGCAACCACUGCAAAUCUCUCCUCCUCGGCCACGGCGCUGAUGACGCCCAAGAACUCUGCGUCGGCUCAGCUGCCCGCUCGCACCGAUUCGGUGGGUCGUAAACUGGAGUUCGGUGGCUCGAUGAGCCACUCGGCUCAAUCGCUGCUGCGCCGCACCUCGGAGAGCGACACCUCGACCCGACGCCGUCGCACCGUGACGGCGGAUGAGCGCCGACGCUCCUCUCGCAACCUGGAGAAGUGCAUCAAGGUCAUUCCGGCCACGUCCUCGUCCAGCGGCGAUGACUCCGAGGAUGGCGAGCAGGAGAUGCGCUCGCUGCUGCAGCAGAGCAAGGACAGGCUCGAGGACACGCGCGCCCUCAAGAUACGCUGUCAUCUGCUGAGACCAGAGGAUUAUAACGAGAUCAUUAAUACUUGCCGUGACAAUAUACGCUGCUUGGAGGCCGUGCUGAGGGGUCCGCCUGGCACAGUGCUUUCGACUCAGUGCGCCGGCCAGACAAAAGAUCUGUUGGCCAACUGGGAGGAUUUGCUUAACUGGAGCGAGAAUGCAGCCAGCGCACGCAAGCUGCAGCAGGAGAUGAGCGCACUGAAGCACACGCUGCGCCGUCUUGGCGAUCCCUCCACGCCGGAGCUGCUCGACACAGAGCCGGCCAUACAGGUGGCCAUCGAAGCCUUGAAGCACGAUCAGACACAGCUGAGCAGCUAUCGCACCAACAUGCUGCGCCUGAAUGCCUCCGUGCACAGCUGGCUGACUCGCCAGGAGCGGCGUCUGCAGCAGGAGCAGCUGCAACAGGAGUCCGAACAACUUCAACAGAAAGAGAAGAAGCUGCAGGAGGAGGAGGAGCAGCAGCAGCUUGAGCUGGAGCAGGGGGCGGGCGUGGCCAUCACUGUAACGGACAGCAAUGGCAACCAGGUAGUGGAGGCCUCCACUGGCACCUGCGACGUGUCCAGCCUGAUCAGCGCCGAGCAGGAGUUCCGCAAGCACCUCAAGGACGAGGUCAGCGACAUGUACAGCGCCUGGGAUGAGGCAGAUGCCAGAAUCAACUCGCAGCUGGAGAUGCUCACGAAUUCCCUGAUUGCCUGGCGGCAGCUGGAGUGUGGCUUGAGCGAGUUCCAGCUGGCGCUAGGCCAGGAUCGCGGCACACUCAAGGGCCUGGAGGGUGCCCUGGACAAGGGGCAGGCAACGCCCGUGGAGCUGGCACAGAACGUCAAGCUGGUGGCCAAGCUGCUCUCGGAAAAGGUCAACGUCAGCCAGGAGCAGCUGCUCGCUGUGCAGCAGCACCUGGAUCCCAAUCACAUCUAUCACAUUGCCAAGUUCACAGCCUCUAAUGGCUCGCUGUCCGACUCGGGCAUCUCGGACGGCGGCGCCACCUCCGAUGGCGGCUUGUCCGAGCGCGAGCGCCGUCUGGGUGUUCUGCGUCGCCUGGCCAAGCAGCUGGAGCUGGCCCUAGCGCCAGGCAGCGCCGCGAUGCGUUCCAUUGCUGAGCGCAUGGAGAGCGCCGAGGCGGAGCUGAAGCAGCUGCAGAACACGUGCAGAGACUUGAUUGUGCGCACAGCUGCCUCGCACCAGCAGAAGCAGCAGGAGAAGCUGAAGGAACAGAAGGAGCAAAGGGAGCAUGAGGAGCAGAAGCAGCCACUUGCGAAUGGACAUGCCAAGCAGCUGGCAGUCAAGUCGGCCGAUCACUCGCCCAAACGUCGCAACGGACGCAAGCCUCGUCCAGCUGGCGAGAAGCAGGAGAAGCAGCCGCUGCGCAAGGACCAGGAGCAGCAGGUUGUGGAGCAGCUGCAGCGCAUUGUCGCCUCUGGCGGCGGAGGGGAUGAGCCGCCCGAGGAUCCAGCCACCAUGCUGGACAGCUCCGAGGAUGAGGACGAUGCCGCCGCCAAGGCGAAGCCUCGCGGCUGGGCGUGGCGCAUCGCGCGUGCCGCUGUGCCCAUGCAGCUGGCGCUGUUCACGUUCUUCUGCGCUGCGUGCAUGAUGCAGCCCAAUUGCUGCGAUAAUCUGAACAAUCUGUCCAUGAGUUUCACGCCCCAGUUGCGCUAUAUUCGCGGCCCGCCUCCAAUUUGAGCGAUGCAAGUCGCGCGCGACUCUCAAAACGCGCGCGCGUUUUUAUGUAGGCAGCAAAAUAUUUACUUAAGACGAGUAUCGUUAAGCAAUCUAACAGCCAGUUAGGUGCCAGUCGGGCAAUAUAUAGAUAUGUAUUCAGAUCCCGAUUUGCAGUCGACCUCGCGCGACGAGGCGACUCAGGCGCGUUUUGCGCGCGAUUCGUGCGCGACUCGUGCGCGAUUUGCGUGCGCGCCCUGAAGCAAUUUGCAUAUAAACAUUUUUUGUGUGUGUUUGUCUUUUAUGGAAGCGGAGGCACUUAAUUUCUUAUUUUUUAAAUGUUUAAUUGAAGUGGAAAACAACGCGAGUUAUGCUUAAGAUAUACCCUACAUAGAUUUUGAUUUCACGGAUCGUUUCUUAUAGUUAUCUUAAGAGUUCGAUUGCGGUUCUUGCAAACAUUUAUAGAUUUUUUACGGGAAAUCCUUUAAAAUUAAGUGCAAAAACAAGUUUAA